CACCGCAACCUACAUUUUCAGACUGAGUCGUGGGAAGGCAGUUGCGCGGUCGAAAAAGUUUUAAACUUAAGAAGUUUUAUUUGGUGCAGAAAAAUGACGGCCUCCAAUCUCGGCAACGGUCCGGAUAAGAGUUUCAACGCAAAAGAAGAGCGAAAGCUGCGCAAGCCCUUGAUAGAGAAGAGACGCAGAGAGCGGAUAAACUCAAGUCUUGAGCAACUAAAGGGAAUUAUGGUGGAUGCCUACAAUUUGGAUCAAUCUAAAUUGGAGAAGGCUGAUGUUCUUGAGAUAACAGUUCAGCACAUGGAGCAACUUCAAAGAGGCCAUGGACAAGGUGGUAGUCAAGGACCAGGCACUGGGUUUGAGUCACGACAAAGAUACAGUAGCGGUUAUAUUCAGUGCAUGCACGAGGUACAUAAUCUGCUCCUGAGCUGCCCUGGGAUGGACAAGUCUCUGGGCGCACGUCUGCUAAACCAUUUACUGAAAUCUCUGCCUCAUAUUAGUACUGAGGCCAGUGGCACAUGUUCUGUUGGCACCUCCAGUCCUCUUCCGAUAUCCCCUACCCAUUCCCCUCUAAGCCUGCCCUCCUUACAGUCCCACCCUCUCCACCUGCACACCCCUCCCUCCUCUCCCUGCAGUUCCUCUCACUCUCCUAGUGUCCCACUCAGUAGAGAGCGAAGUUGCACCAUACCCCAAGAACAGCCCUCUCCACCCAGGUCUCCUUCCCCUCUGCCUCUGGCACAAUCAGCCCUCCCCCCUUUCUUUCCUGGGGGUGAUCCCUCCAUGUGGAGGCCCUGGUGAAUGAAUCCAGCCCAGCCCCCAUUAGGCCUGCCCUCCCAUCCCUAAUUGUUUCCAUUACAUUUGAUCUUUGGGAGGUUGGAGGGCUUUCCACUCAAAGGGGUCUGAGUACAUUAUAUUGGGUUAUACAGUCUCCUGGGGUUUAGUGGUAUCAUUUGAAACACUGUAGAGCAUGUUUGGUUGAUUAUGCUAUGUGCAUGUGGUAUGAACACAAAUGUGUGAUGACACCAAAGUUGCCCUUUUUGACUGAUGAUUGGAAAUUGAAUGUUAGCCUGCAUCUAGUGGAAUUGCUGCCUUGAUCACUUUUAGAAAUGUCAUGACUUCAUGUUUAUAUUGGGCAAUUUUAGAUGAC